AUGCUUGUUCGAGGAAGGAGACGAUAUCAAUGGCAAGUAUCUUUGCCAAGAGGUAGAGCUGACGAAGAGGAUACAUAUGAUAUUCGAACCGCAUUGAGGGAGGUUGGGGAGGAAAUUGGAUUGAAGCCAGCGCUUGUGGAUGUUUUUACUGUUCUUGAACCUUUUGUAACCAAGGGUAAUGUUAGUGUGGUUCCAGUGAUUGGAAUACUAUGGGAUAAAAAGCACUUAAUCCGGUUCCAAAUGCUAAAGAAGUAG